UAGAUUGUAGGUGGUUUGCCAUGGCCGAGACAGACAGCGAGAUGCAAUCAAUUCGAUCAUGUGCAACUGCAGUGUUGAGAAUAUAAACAAGGUUGGAGACGGAACAAAAUCCUUCCGGUUAUCUAAAGUGCGGGCUUGCGUCUGCUAGUUUUUUGCUGUUAGUUACUGGUCACAUGUGGUUGGAUUGGGCGGAGGGGUAAAAAGUUAGGCAGUGCGGAGAGCCAGAUUUGUGAGCUGGGGUAAAAGGGGCUGUAUCUCUGGCGUUGACCCUUGAUCGUCGGCUGCUGUUGAGGUGCUGCAGCAGGAGGAUAGAAAUUGAGGUUUCCCCUGUGCCGGGGGAGGUUGAUUCCGCCAUGGCCGCAGGUUUCGUGGUCUGCUUCUUGUUUGGUGGGGUCAGGGCAAGAUGAUCGCUGUGUCCGUUCCUUCUCCCUGGCCCCUGUCACUGGAGAAGAGCUGCCUAGUUCUGGGGGGUACAGCUUGUUGCUGCUUCGAAGAUACAUUUGGACAGACCCCAGAAGUAGGAGGAACAAAGGGUUGCCGAUGGAAUUCCACGGUUGGGUUCUCUUAAUUUGUCGAGGUUGCUUUCUGUAUCCGUUCUAGUCCCAGAAAUCCUUGUUUGAAUGAUUUGGAGCAGCUUGGUCCCAUAUUCCAUGCGUGCAUAUUUAGCUACAUCUUUGGGGUUUCCUGCCAUGGCUUAAGCUUGAGAUUGUUGCCGUCAUGGGAAGCCAAACCAAGACCAUAGUUUGGUUCAGGAGGGACUUGAGGAUUGAGGACAACCGGGCCUUGGCGACCGCCGCCAAGGAUGGUCGUGUCCUCCCGGUUUUCGUAUGGUGUCCGAGUGAAGAAGGGCAGUUCUUCCCUGGGCGAGUCUCUCGGUGGUGGCUGAAGCAGUCGCUCGAGCACCUCGACCAGUCGUUGAGGUCCCUCGGUGCUCCCUUCGUGUUCAUCCGAGCCGAGAGCACUCUUGCUGCUCUUUUGCAGUGCAUUGGUACGGUUGGGGCUACCAGACUGGUUUACAAUCAUCUUUAUGAUCCUGUUUCACUUGUCCGUGAUCAUAAAAUAAAAAGUCAGCUAGAGACCCUUGGAAUCAGCGUGCAAAGUUUCAACGGUGAUCUCUUGUAUGAACCAUGGGAAAUCUACGAUGAAAGUGGGCUUGCUUUUACAACCUUUGAUGCAUAUUGGUCCAAGUGCAUGAGCUUACCAAUUGAACCGACAUUGCUUCUUCCUCCCUGGAAGUUGGUCCCACUUGAAGGCACAGGAAGUGUUGUAAGCUGUCCAAUUGAGGAGCUCGGGCUUGAAAAUGAAAUAGAGAAAUCAAGUAAUGCAUUAUUAAGCAGGUGUUGGUCCCCUGGGUGGAGCAAUGCAGACAAGGUGCUAAGUGAAUUUAUCAGUGGGCAUCUACUAGAUUAUUCGGAAAACAGAAUGAAGGUAGAAGGCACCACUACUUCGUUGCUGUCACCGUAUCUUCAUUAUGGUGAGCUCAGUAUCAGGAAAAUAUAUCAAAAUGUCAGAAUCAAACAAAUACAGUGGGCAAAAGAAGGAAACUGUAGAGCAGAAGAGAGCGUGAACUUCUUCCUGCGAUCAAUUGGUCUUAGAGAAUAUUCACGUUAUCUUUGUUUCAACUUUCCAUUCACGUAUGAGCGAUCGCUCUUGGGUAAUCUAAAGCACUACCCUUGGCGAGCUGAUGAAGGUCAGUUUAAAUCUUGGAGACAGGGUCGGACUGGGUACCCCUUGGUGGAUGCCGGAAUGAGGGAACUUUGGGCAACUGGUUGGAUACACAACAGAAGUAGAGUGAUUGUAGCAAGUUUUUUUGUGAAGUUUUUGUUACUUCCAUGGACCUGGGGACUGAAGUAUUUUUGGGACACAUUGCUGGAUGCUGACUUGGAAAGCGACAUCCUUGGCUGGCAGUAUGUGUCAGGUAGCUUACCUGAUGGUCAUGAGCUCAAACGUCUCGACAGCCCUGAGGUUCAGGGACAGAAGUAUGAUCCAGAUGGUGAGUAUGUAAGAAAUUGGAUUCCAGAACUUGCUAGAGUGCCAACUGAAUGGAUCCAUCAUCCAUGGGAUGCUCCAAGGACUCUGCUUAAAGCAUCUGGUGUUGAGCUAGGAUUGAACUACCCACAGCCCAUUAUAGAAUUUGAUACAGCAAGGGAUCAACUUGAUGAUGCUGUCAACAUGAUGUGGCAACUUGACAGGGCUUCAAGAGUUGCAAAAUUAAGUGGAUUGGAGGAAGUUGUAGCUGAUAAUUUGAUUAGUUUAAACACUUUAGACAUCCCAAAAGUCAUUGUGAAGGAGGAGGUUUUUUGCAGUAGUUCAUCUCUUGAUCAAAAAGUGCCCUCUUUACACAACAUGAAGGAUAGCUCCAUAAAAAAGAAACCAAAGGAUGUCAGUGGAAAAAGAUCUGACCUAGUCGGCUCAUGUUCUCCCAUGAAUAUUUUGGAGAAGUCGAAGAUCGAUGUUGACUUGCUUUCGACAGCCAAAUCCUCAUCUGCAAGGAAAAGAAGCAUCAGUGAAAGUCAGUGUGCUGUUCCAAUUUGUUUCUCUACAGGAUGUACAGAUCCUUGUCAAGAAUACGAUUCAGUGGACCAAAAUUAUUCAAACACGUCUCAUUCUGAUCAUCCUUGUCAAGAAACAUAUCAAAUUGGAGAAAAAAAGGAAGAAGAGGAUUUUGAUGCUCAAAGCAGCCUUGAGGGAUCGAGACCAUGCAAGAAAACUGCAUAGCUCAAACGGCGUUGAAGUGCUUAAUGCUCAAGGAUGGAAGUGCAGUCUGGGGAGGUUGUAGGCUACAGUUGGAACAAUAAAGGGGAUGGAAGCUGCAAUUGUGAUUUAGACGCAGAGGCCAAUGGUGAUCGAAAUAUUUUCAUCUCUAUGCUGCUCUCUUGAAUCCAGCUGAAUCCAUCUACAGUUCACCACUGCUGCUUGCAGAUCUAAUUUUAACUCAUUCCAUGUGCUUACACCUCCUGAUGUACAUAUCUCAAUGAUAUAUUCAAAUGAAGGCAUUCUCAUUUUUGUUUAGAUAAGCUGUGAGAUGAGGCUUGGAAACCUUUGUGUAUUGGAUCCCUAAGUGUAAUAUUUAUCUAAUGGUGGCAUAUGCCAACCUAUGCAAAUGUUGUUUCGUGCCCUACUUUUCUUUC